AUGCUGACCACAUGUUUUGUAGUCUCAACCCCAUCUCCCAGCUCCUCAUCUGAUCCACUGUCUCUCAUGGAUGCCACUUUGAGCAACUGGAAGAUACUCCGUUGGAAGACUUCUCUGCUGAAGAACAGCGAGAACAUCGCAUUUUUGAAGCAGCUUUUAGAUUCGUAUCUCGGCCUUCUUGAGCGACUAAAAGAUGGAUCUGAAGAGGAAAUUCUUCAUGUUGGAGAACUGGUACAAUCUGUUUCUCUGCAGUCAGAGCUCAUGCUUACAAUUGAUCUUGUCAUAUACCAUAUUCCCGGGUGCAGAUCCGAAGGUCCGGAUCUCAGAUCCGAUCCAGAUCCGAUGGACAUAUCUGUCGUCGGUCCACAGAUCUGA